AUGUCCACACGUCACCUUUUCAAGUCAUCGGACGGCCUGGUCGUCAAGUCCCUCCGCGGCCUCGUGGCCUACAAUUCCGCUUUAUGUCUGGAUGAAACGAACAGAGUCAUCUUCGACACGGCACACGACAGCAGCCAGGUUAGUCUAAUCAGCGGCGGUGGCUCCGGCCAUGAACCUGCCUGGUCGGGCUACGUGGGGAGUAACAUGCUUGCAGCUUCAGUUUCUGGAGAUAUCUUUGCCAGCCCCCGGACGAAACAGGUCCUUUCAGCCAUAGAGAGGGUCCCCUCGGGAAAAGGCGUCAUCAUCGUUGUGGGGAACUAUACAGGAGACUGCCUGCACUUUGGCCUUGCUAGGGAAAUGGCCCUUUCUAAUGGCGUCGAAUGUCGGCUGAUCAUCUGCGGCGAUGACGUCUCUGUGGGAACUAAUAAGGGAGGCCUCGUUGGUCGCAGGGGACUAGCAGGCCAGAUUGGCGUGUUGAAGCUCAUGGGUGGCGCUUCUGGCACUGGCGGGUCCCUCGACGACGUGUACGACUUGGGUCUGGCACUCGCAAAGCAGACAGUGUCUAUUGCGGCUACUCUCGAUCAUUGCCACGUUCCAGGAAGACAGGGCGAACAUACCACAGUACCUGAUAAUGGCAUCGAGAUCGGGACCGGGCCUCAUAACGAACCAGGCUAUAAGAAACUUGAUACGAUGCCAGCUGCUGAAGAAGUCAUCCGCCAGUUACUCGCUUACUGCCUUGACGCGAGCGACCCAGCACGUAGCUACGUGCGUUUCGAGCCUGGGGAUGAGACUCUUCUACUUAUCAGCAAUUUUGGAGGCAUGUCCUAUCUCGAGAUGGGCGCGCUGACUGAUGAGGUCCUCUGUCAGCUCGAAGCUAGCUACAAUAUGGUACCCUCGAGGAUAUAUUCCGGCCCUAUCGAAACAUCCCUCAAUGCGCCUGCAUUCUCCCUAUCUCUAAUCAAUAUGACCGCGGCAGCCAAGACUUGUGCCUACAGCGUACACCAGAUGAAGGAGUUUGCGGACGUCAAGACGGACACCCACUGGGAAUCCAUGGCAGGCAAUCAAAGAGCUCAUCGCAGGUCCCGGAAUCAGCAGUUCAUCAAUUCGAAACAAGAGAUAACGCAGAGGCUACCUACACCGCUCGAUAGCUUGACAGUUGACCCGGACCUGUUGGAAAAGAUGUUGCGAUGUGUUUGUGAUGCCGUGAUCUCAGCCGAACCAGAUCUCACCCGAUGGGACACCGCGAUGGGCGACGGAGAUUGUGGCGAAACUGUCAAAACGGGUGCUACCUUCUUACUUAACGCCUUGAAUAACAACCUCGCUUCGUCUGGUUCCAUUGGCCAAGUCUUGAGAACAAUUGGAGACUUGGUCGAAAGUCAGAUGGGCGGAACUUUAGGUGGAAUCCUGGGGAUACUCUUCGUCUCACUCCAGGCCGCUAUGACGAACAAUUUCACCAACACGAAGGAUUUAGCGUCGUUACCACUACUUUGGGGCACAGCUUUAGCCGAGGCUGUGGAGAACCUUGGGCGAUAUACCUUGGCUAAGGUCGGGGACCGGACGGUGAUGGAUACACUUAUCCCAUUUUCGCAGGCUUUACGUGGUGGGGAUUUCGACGCAGCAGUGGAGGCAGCGAUACAAGGUGCCGAAGCGACGAAAAGGAUGGCGCCGAAACUGGGAAGAGCGACGUAUAUUGGAGGUCUGAGCAACGAGACUGAACUCCCGCCGGAUCCAGGCGCUUGGGCAGCCAUGGAGGCAAUCAAGGGUUUACAGAGGGGUAUGAACGUAUCUUGA